AUGGGUGUAGUCACUGUUACAGGUAAUUUAAUGUAUAUCGGUAAGCAAUGAUAAACCAUUGCUAAUGAAAAAACGAUUCUGAACGCAGUUCAGUUGAUAGUGUUGCUUUGCCAAUAAUAGAUAUGGAAUGUUAUGAUAAAUAAUUGAAGAGAUUAAAUAAUCAAAAUAAUUAAAUAGACAUUAUAUAUUUUCUUUAAUAAUAUUUGUUUAAUAUUUUACCGAAUUUACCGUUUUUCCUGGUUUUCUUAUGUUUUUUCCCGGUAUUUUACAUUUGCUAGGAAAACUCUUGAAAAAUCGAAAAAUGACCUACUUAAAAUACCUUCCCAGUUUGGUUUCCUUUUAGAAAAAGUGCUAUCGUAAAUCGUAAAUCAUUGUAAAUCGGAACAAAAUUGCUAGUAGAAGUUGUUUACAGAAAAAAAAAAGGCCAUAAUAUUUUUUACUAAAAUACCUACAUUUCGUAUAUUUUCCGUUUUUCUGACAUUUUAUCUUGGUUUUUCCCAGAUAUUAUGAAAACCGCUUGAAAAAUAAAAUUGAUCUCCCUCACUUACCAUGGAAAUAAAAUUUCAUUUCAGAAAAUAAUUAUUUAGCAUAAUCUUAAGUUACACUUGAUACAUCGGAGUAAAAUUUCUGGUAGAAAAAUUUUCACAACAAAUCGAGGGGUAUUUUGCGAUUAAAAUAGUCCGAGCGAGCGAUGGCUUGAUUAAUAAUAUCAGAACCUCAAAAAGCUAAAAUUUCGAAACUUAACCAGUCCGCUUAAUUCUGAUUUCACCAUCGUUCUUAAAUCUACAAUAUACAUGUUCGAAAAAAAAAAAAAAUUAAAAAUUACAUUUAUUGUACAUGAUUUUUUACUCAAAAGAUUUUCGUUAAAAUUUGAUAUUAAAAUUCCUUUAUAAAAAAAAAAAAAAAAAAAAAAAAAAAAAAAUAUACUACAAUAAAAUCAAAUUUGCUUUUUUUGACCACAAAGUAAGACUUUUACUGAACCUCCUGUUAAAUUUUCACGCAUUUCUGUUUAGUCAAACAAUUUUACCAUACAGUACCUACCAAAUAAAAAUUACGUAGAAAACUUGUAAAAUUAAAAUGUCUACAGAUAGCUAAAAAAUGGCAUAAAUAUUUUGAAAAUUGUAUCAUAUCUAGGAAAGGCAAACAUAAUUUUUCUGUCCUAAUAAUAAUAUGAUAGAUAAAUAUGUUUGGAUUCUGAGCGGAGAGAGGAAUAUAUAUUGGUUUUACAAUGUUGUUUAUUUUAUUUUAUUUUUUUCUAUGAACAAUAUCAGAAAUUUUGCUCCGAUUUUCACGAGAAACAUUUUUUGAAAAGAAAUCUGAUUAGGGUGGUACUUUAGGAAGGUAAUUUUUUUUUGAUUUUCCAGGGAUUUUCAUAAUAAAUGAUAAAAUAUUUUGGAAAAACGGAAAAAUUUACUAAAUGUAUUAUAUUUAAAUCGUAAAUAUUACGGCCUUUCAAAACAUGUAUAACCGAACUCCGCUCAGAAUCGGUUUUCGUUAGAAAUGAUUAAUCGUUGCGUACAGAUAUACAUUAAAUUUCCCCUCUACUUUCCCAACUACAACAGUGGCCCACCUAUCGUGCGAAGUAUGUCCGUUUGCUUUUAAACGUGAUUCAGCGAUUAAUAAUUUAUGAAAAAAACCCUACUUAUAAUAACACUACUGCAGGCUAAAUUUGUUCUGGCUGAUAGAGAAAUGUGCAUAUAGAUUAAUGAAUUAACUUUAAAGUGUGUUUUUCUUUUUAGACACCGAACGUAGUGGCUAGGCUUGUAUUGAUAUUUAUAUAAAGCUGUUUCACGUUUAUUUAGUAAAUGUCACGGGUUUUUGAUUUUAGUGAAAAAUAAAAUCAUCUCCAUACAGUCCCGAACUUCUCGUUAACGGAAAAAUCCGGUUGGGUUUUCAGAGUCGGCGAUUGCUUCCAAAACCCCUACAGCCACCUGGUCCAGUCCGGUACUGACGUUAAUGUGUAUUAUAUUUAUAUAUAGGUACAAUAAUAAUAAUAUGGGGUGUGUGCGCUGUCGUAUAAUAUAUAAUAUUUUACUCGUAUUAUAAUAUCGUAUGUAUAAUAUAUAAUAUUAUUAUAUUGAAAAAUAGUAAGACAGCUGAACGAAAAUCGAUUAUAUUUUUGUUUUUUUUUUUUUCUACGUACAUUUGUGCGAGCAUCGUCGCUCGAAACAGGAUGCUUUCGGAAGGGGGGUGGUGGUAGGAGGAAAAGGAGGAAAGAGGAUUUCUUAUACCAGAUUUUCUAUAUAUUAGAUUCUUUCUUCCGCACCGCCUGCCGUUUCCACACAAUCCGGACCGAAAACCGCCGCCGCCGUCGCCGCCCGCGAUAUUUCCUUGUAUAUAUAAUAGAAUAAUAUAUAUAAAUGUGUGUGUGUGUUUAUAUAUAUAUAAAUAUAUAUAGUGGUUUGGGAAACUGCUGCUGCUGUCGCUGCCGUUGCCGAGACCCGUCCUGGUCGCUUCUCCUCAGUGGACCGUGUCAUCUAUAAAGCUUUGGUGCGUCCACCGCAAGUCAUUACAUCCGCCAGACCGGAACUAGGAUUUUUACCCACCCAGCACAGCAGCAUCAUGCGACCGGAACUUCCGGGAUUUCGUUCAUCGGAUCCUUUUUAUUGA